UUUACAUAUGUGACACCGCCCAGGGGGCAGAGCAUGUUGAUCCGCGGUGGCGUGGAUUGAACUACCGCACGGAAAGGACGAAAACAGAUGAGAAAAGUUCAGGGGGACUGCUGUUUUAAAACAGGCGGGGUGUUUCGACACACAGUAUACGGCUCGACUGGGGUUUGCCCCACUUUGACACCGCGGUAUGGACGCUUUGAAAUCCGCCGGAAGGGCGAUAAUACGAAGUCCCAGCAUCGCAAAACAGUCAUGGGGAGGUGGCAGACAUAAAAAGCUUCCAGAGAACUGGACAGACACGAGGGAGACCCUUCUGGAGGGCAUGGUGUUCCAGCUCAAGUACCUGGGGGUCACAAUGGUUGAGCAGCCUAAAGGAGAAGAGCUGUCAGCAGCUGCUGUCAAGAGGAUAGUGGCCACAGCCAAAGCCAGUGGGAAAAAGCUCCAGAAAGUCACAUUAACAGUCUCCCCUCGCGGAAUCAUCCUUUACGACAGUGCCUCCAACCAGCUGAUAGAAAACAUUUCCAUUUACAGAAUAUCCUAUUGUACAGCAGAUAAAAUGCAUGACAAAGUGUUUGCCUACAUCGUCCAGAGCCAACACAAUGAGGCACUCGAGUGUCAUGCCUUCCUCUGCACAAAGAGAAAAGUGGCACAAGCAGUAACCCUAACAGUGGCUCAAGCUUUCAGGGUGGCAUUUGAAUUCUGGCAGGCUGCCAAGGAAGAAAAGGAGAAGCGAGUGAAGUCCGGUUCAGAUGGUGAAGGAGUCAACAGCUCCCAGUCAGACAGCUCAGCGAGCCUUGGCAGCCUGAAGGAAGGAGAGGUAACCACAACAAAACUCCUAGAUUUGGCAGAAGGCGCCAAUGUAACGUUGGUCAGCUCAGGAACAAUACCAAUGGAUUUGAAUUCCUUUACAGUGCAUAAUCAUGCAACUGAUAACAACAAUACAGUAUGGGAGCUUGAGGAUGGUCUAGAUGAGGCCUUUUCAAGACUCGCUGAGUCUCGCACUAACCCCCAGGUCCUGGACAUUGGGGUAAACCCUCAGGAUUUCACCACUGAUGAGUGCCUAUCCCCGGGCAAAUGGGACCAGGAAGACACAGACUUCCCAGCACAAAAAGACUCUCCAGGGUUCUAAUUGACCGCUUCCGCCAAGAUAGAGACCGGCAGGGAAAACGACGAAGACAGCUGGGGGGUUUCCACAGCCCAUUGACUUCACCUGAUGGUUCAGACCGGCGGCUCUCAGGUGCUUCUGCAUCGACUCAACCAGAGGUUGACACAAGCAGGGUUUGCACUGAACAGGCCAAAGCAAUAUGAAAAUUUGAAACCAGUUUAUUUUCUACAAAAACCUGCAGUCAUUUGAUGUUUGUUACAGUCGGUGUAUUUCUUUUUACAUCUUAUCAAUUCACUGUAUGUAUUGUGCUUGUGGUAUAUAUAUAUAUUGUUUUUUUUCUUCCUCCCCCCCCCUUACACCAUGUUUAAGAGUUGAGUUUUAUGUGAGGCAAGAGAACUAGAACUUCAGUUUAGCACAACAGGUCGAUUGUCUAAAAGUGUACUGUUAAGGAUGUAGAUGUUUCAGUUUUACUCAAUGGUGAAUGUCACCAAAGCACCAAUAUUCUCUCAUAUUGGGCAACACUUGUUGCUACCUGUGUGCAUCAAAGCUUUUGCCUCUUGUUGGGCAAUACAGGCUUUAAGGAAAUGUAUGACUGUGGUGGUCCAAGAGUGUGCAUGAGAGAAGAUAAAUGACAAUCCUAUUUCCCCCCCCCCCCCCCCCCCCC